GAUGACCGAGGCGCAGCGCUUCUGGACGUACCGCCUCCUCACGCGGCUCGACACCGUCGACCUGCAGGAGAUCUUCACCGCGGAGCUGCAGGAGGAGAAGGAGAACGAGGGGCGCAGGGAGGUGCAGGCGAUCAUCGCCGCGCAGAACGAGCGGGCCAAGGGCGGGCAGGGCAACCAGUGGAAGCGGCUCAUGAACCUGCUGAUGCAGCUGCGCAAAGUCUGCGACCACCCGUAUCUCCUUCCGGAUGCCGAGCCAACGCCGUACGCACUUGGCGAACAUGUCGUUGCAUCAUCAUCGAAGCUUGUUUUCCUCAACAAACUACUGGCAGACAUACUGCCGAAGGGAGAACGCGUUUUGAUCUUCUCGCAAUUCGCCACCAUGCUAGAUCUGCUCGAGGACUUUCUGACUCUGCGAUCGAUCAAGUAUGCACGUUUGGAUGGUCAAACGUGCCGUCCGCGGAGGACCCUGGACGUCAAGUUGUUCCAGCAAGAGGUGUCUCCUUUCCAGGUGUUCCUCAUCUCUACAAAGGCCGGCGGGCUCGGCAUCAACCUCACGAAAGCCACCACCGUCGUCAUGGCCGACUCGGACUGGAACCCGCAGAACGACCUGCAGGCGAUCGCCCGCGCGCACCGCAUCGGGCAGACGCAGACCGUGAAGGUGUACCGGCUCAUCUGCCAGGGCAGCGUCGAGGACCAGAUGCUGGACCGCAUCCGGCGCAAGCUCUUCCUCUCCCUCAAGGUCAUGAACGCGCGUGCCACGGGCCCCGCGGGCGCAGGCGACGCCCCCGCCGCCACCGCGGACGACGCGCUCUCCGCGCUCAAGACCGCGGAGCUCACGAGCAUCCUCCGCAAGGGCAGCAGCGCGCUCGCGCGUGGCAACGGCACCGGCGACGGCGGUGCGGGCACGGCGCUCGCACAGUUCCUCAAGGCCCCGCUCGCGGACGUCCUGCAGGCCUCGCGCGAGCGCGAUGACGUGCGCGCGCUGCGGACGCGCAGGGAGCUCGGCGCGGCGGACGCGAAGCAGCUUCCCCUCGGCGAUAACGGCGCUGGUGCCGGUGCUACUGCCGCUGCGGAAGACGAGGAGCGGGCGAUGCUCAGCGGCGUCGCGCAGGUGCAGAGCCGGCUGUUCGAGGGAAAGCUCGUGAGGCGCGCGAAGCCUUCUUCCACGGCGGCGGCAGGGGCGGGGGCGGAGAACAAGGACAUCGCCGCGGAGUGGGCGGCGCUGCAGAAGCGGGCGCGCCAGACGCGGAUCGUCGUCGUCGACGGGUUCGAGGUGCUCUCCGAGUGUCUCGCGCCGUUGCAGCACGAGCUGAAGGCGGCGCUGGCGGACGGGCCUGCUGCGAAGAGGAAGCGGAGGCAGUUCGACUGGGAGGACUGGUGCAUCUAUUGCCGUGACGGCGGAGAGCUCACGCUCUGCAACAGCUGUCCACGCGUCUUCCAUGCCGAAUGUCACGGCCUGACCAAGGCAAAGGCAGCCAAGGCGUCCAUGCUCGUGUGCCCCCAGCAUCGAUGCUGCGGCUGCGACCGCAACACCGCGGACGCAGGGAACAUGCUCUUCCGCUGCCAGACCUGCACGAACGCCUUCUGCGAAGACUGUCUGCCCCCGGGGGAGAUCGGCGCGGUCGGGGACACGCUGCCCGAAUUCGUUCUCCGCGGGUUCGAGGAGAUGCCGUCUGCGUAUUUUAUCAGGUGCCACGCGUGCCAGGAGCGCUUCGAGACGGACGCGGCCUUUGCAGAGUCGUGGCAGGAAGAGUUCCGCGAGACGAAGGAAAAGUUGGACGCCAUGGGCCCCGCGUGAAUAUGCGUUCUGCGUGUUUUCCUGCGAAACAUAAUUUUCUUGUCGGUUUGUUGUCGUUCUUGCUCUCGCGUUUGUCGUGCGUAUAUUACCCUGAUUUUGUAUAUACCUUAGCCUACUGAUAUACACGCCAUAACGAAUGUACCUCCCGAAAAAAAAAAAUGCAUUACAGAGUCCUUCAUGCGAAGAAGAAAAGCGCGCGUCGGGACAGGAAAAUCAUAGCAAGCCUGGGACAAACCACGCCGGGACCCUCGCCGCGUACUUCUCCCACUCGGCCCCAAACUUCUUCUUGAGCUCCGCGUCCUCUGCGCGACAGCGGGUGAAGCCGACGGCGAGCCACCACGUCCACCACGCGGCGGCGCCUGCGAAGCGCAAGAGCGCGCUGAAGAGGCCGGCGCGGCCGAGGACGCCGCACUCUGCGACCCACCCGCCGGCCGUGAGGUCGAUGAGGGCGACGCCGAGGCACAUGGCGAGGGUGCCGGUGUAGGCGGGGUGGCGGACGCGCGCGUAGGGGCCGGCGGUGACGAGGGCGUGGGUGGGCAGGAUGGUGAGGUCGAACGUGAAGAGCUCGCCGAGCGUCCGGAAACACGCGAGCCGCAGCGCGCUCCCGCACGCGACGAGCAGCAGCCCGAGCAGCGCGGCCCAGGAGACGUGCAGGUCCGGCCGGUGCGCCGCCGGGCACAGCGCCUGCUCCGCGAGCCGCGCGGCCCAGGGCGGCGUCGGCAGCACGUCCUGCUGCGUCGCGAGCAGCAGGAGCUCCGCGCCGCUGCAGAGCCAGAUCAGGGGCUGCUGGAUCUUCAUGACCAGGGGUGCGAUGCGGAUGUACCAGGGGUGGGCCGAGUCGUAGCGCGCCUUCUGGGGGGUGCGGUUGGGAGGCGUGCUCGCGAGCUGGUAGAACGUGCCCUGGGCGACGACGAGGCAUGCACGUGCUACUGCCAUGGCUGCAGACAUCCGCCGGAAGGAAGAGAGAGAGGAU